AUGGCCACUGCCAUCUUUGGCAUGGCGAAUGCCAAUAACUUCAAGUGCAAGGGCAUCAACUACAACAUCCGCGCUGGUCCCGACUGGGCUACGCCCGACGUCAAGUGUAAAUCUGCCUUGCAGAUCGCUACGGAGCUGGUCACGCUCAAAAGCGCUGGAUUCAAGAUUGAGCUGGGCAUGUGGGUGGACUCGUCCACGUCCAGUUUUGAGGCAGAAAAGGCUGCGUUCAAGGUGCUACUGCAAACCGGUCUCGUGACUGCCGACAACAUAGUGGGUGUCCAUGUAGGCAGCGAGGCCGUAUACCGUGGUGACGUAACAGUUGCAGUGGCUAUUUCAAAUCUGAUGGAGAUUCGUACACUGUGCCAGGACAACUCGGCCGCCGCUAGCAUUCCGCUCACGAUCGCCGACAUUGGUGAUACGUACUCGGCGUAUCCGGAAUUGAUUGAGGCCGUAGACUACGUGUCGGCCAACUACUUCCCAUUCUGGGAGAAUAUGGAAAUUGAUAGUGCCGUCGAUCACUUUUACAAGCGCUUUUCGGUACUCGUGAAGACUGCUAGUACCUACAGUAAGAAGGUGGUCAUAGGCGAGACCGGCUGGGCCUCGGACGGCGUCGGCGCUGGCGCCAGUCCUGCCACGGAGGCCAACGCCGCCAAGUUCUUCUACGACUUCUACGCUCUUGCAGAGGAGAAGGACUUCGCGUACUACUACUUCUCGGCCUUUGACGAGCCGUGGAAAUUGCCUACGCUCGAGGCUAACGAGACGGUGGAGGCCUAUUUUGGCCUGUUCACGCACGAUGGUGUCUUGAAGGACACCAUUAUGGCCAAGUUCAACAACAUCUCUGCGUCCAUCAACGGCGCCAUCACAUCCACGACCAUUUCAAACGGCACGACAUCGCAGGGCCAUAUGGUCGCUGACGAGACUACCGUGGGCGACGCUCAGAAGCCCUCGCAGAGCUCGGUGUUGUUGCACAAGGACUGCGCCGUUGUAAACAAAGAGUUUACAGACUUAUACAUUGUAUUGUUGCUUCGCAGCAAAGAGCGUCAUUCAGACAAAGAUAUAAUUGAGCAAGCGCUGCAACCCUUUGGCUCAAGCUUUACGUCUGCAGUACUAACGCUACUGUUGAAUACGGACGAUUCAACACGCGGCAUUUCCAAGUCAAAGUUGAUGGCUGACUGUGUUACGAGUAGCAGACUGCAAAACGGAGGAAAACUCAAAGGGCUUGUAAAUGUGCUGGUGUUGUAG